CGCCGCAAGUUCCGCAAGCAAACGCGAAGUGCGAAGCGCCGGCGCCGAAUAAAGUGAUUACCAUUACCAACGCGGGGAAAAAAUCAUCUAGCGUGGCCAAGAGUUGUGAAAAUUGAUUAACCAGCUGAGGUCCAAACAAAAAAUAAAUAAAAAAAACGACAAGAUGCUCCAGCUGUGCACUAUUUACGCCUGCGCAAAUGGCACUUUGGGCCUGAAUUUGAGUCGUGCCCCCUGGGAUCCGUAUCCGUGGGUCAGCGGGGUGCAGGCGAAGUCGAAUGCGGAAAGAGGCGGUGUCCGGAUGGGGGACACUCUCCUGGAACUGAACGGAGCCGAUGUCCUGGGCCUGAGGAUCAGUGAGCUGGCCAGCCGGCUGCAGGAUCACUGGCAGAGCGGCGCCGAGGUCGUGACCUUGAUGAUGUGGCGCCAGCAGGCGAACAUUUCCCAGAAUGAAGAUCCUGCCGAGGCAUCGCACGCUGUGCAGCACGGAAUUAAUCAACAAUCGCUGCAAAAGUUUGCAACAUGCCUGCAACAUAUUUCCCAAUUACUGGAGUGUCCUGUGUGCCUUGAGGUCAUCAAGCCACCUGGCUGGCAGUGCUGCAACGGACACGUGCUCUGCAAUAAUUGCCGCAGUCGCUCCGUAAAGUGUCCUGUGUGCCGGGUUCCUUUGGGACCGAGGGGCCGCUGCCUGCUGUCGGACAAAUUAUUCACCCUGCUGGCGGAGAGCUUUCCCUGCGACGGCGGGAAAACCAACAAGGUGACUGCGGCCCAGGGCCAUGAAAAACUGAGCAGCGUCAACAAGUGCACAAAUGAAUAUCAUAAUCAACCGAAAAUGGCGCUGGCCAAGUCGAGUUCCGGCAAGAAGUGCGGCAAGCAAAUCUCCAGGCAACUGACAAUUUCGGUGGACCAUAACCAAAUGCCAAAGGGAGUGGGAACGGGAGACGAGGAGAAUGCCCAAACUCCCAGUGAAAUCAGGAGGAAAAGCCAGGAGGCGGUCCUGCAACGCUGCAUGCUGAUAAAAGUGCAGCACCAGGAGACGGCUGACGAGGACUUUUCGGGGGUUUCGGGGGAGGGUCACAACAAUAUGCUCGUUAAACCAAAGUUAAAGUUGAGUAAGAAAAGUUGGCGGAUUACAGGGCCAGAUCAAGACGGAUUGCGCUGCGAUGAAGUUGCCACCAUAAAUAAUGGCGAGCAGGUGAGGCGGCAGGACCAAGAGCAGUAUCAAAAUUAUCAUUGCCCCACUGGGAAAUCAUGCAGCUACAGCUACAGCCACGGCCACAGCCAGCAACUUGGGCAGCCAGUGGCCAACAAAUUGUCAACAGUGGUCGGGAUGCAGGACACCGCAGGAGCGGAUUCGGGAGGUGCAUCCUUAUCAGCGGGGAGCCAUAAACAGGCGCCGGCAUCCCGAGUAAAUCAGGCGCUGGACGCGGGGUCAAUAGGUCGGCGGGAGUGGCAGCUGCUGCGCCACCUCAGCGCCGAGCACCGCCUGGCGGUGGUCCAAAUCUACGGCACGUUCGGCGAGCGGUUCCACGUGCGCCCCCAGCUGCCCCAGGAGGGCGUGGCCUGCCUGCGGCUGAGCGAGGAGUCCAACACUUUUGGUCACGUCAGAGUGCACACAUUUUUCUUGGCUGUCAUUGCGAUCGGUGGCGGCGACGACGAGUACGCCGUAUUCCUGUGGCACCAGGACCUGCCACAAGGACCCACUUUCGACACUGUCAUCCAGACACAAUGCGGACGCAUCCUGUGGCAAGGACCUGUUCAGUCACUCCGGCGCAGCUGGCCGGAGAUUAGGGCAUCCGGCCAGUUCCUCACCUGUCGCAGUUUGGCCGCCAACUUCGAGGUGACCAUCAACAGCAGGUAGUCCCCGCAACCAAGACUGCUCUUAAAGUUUAGGAAUAGUAUUAAAGCUAAUUAAUUUAAGACUACGAACUGACUUCCACUUCUGGCUCUCCGAAAAUAACGAUAGAGCAAACCAAAACGGGAAUGAAAAUAAAAAGUGAAUUGU